UGUAAUAUGGACGUGACCAUGUACAGAGUCAUCACUGAGUAUAACUUCACUGUUCAGCUAAAUGACACACAAAUGGCAGUCGUCUCUGAUUUUCUGCAGGCGGCUUCAGAGAGCCAUCAGCGUUAUAUUAUUAGCCUCAUCCUCUCCAGCCUCUACACUAUAUUCCUGUUCCCUGUUGGCUUCAUUGGGAACAUCCUCAUCUUAGUGGUCAACCUGGACAACAGGGGACGCUUGACAGCCCCGGACCUCUACUUUGUGAACCUGGCCGUGGCCGACCUCACCCUUGUGGCUGACUCUCUGAUUGAGGUGUUCAACCUGAAGCAGGGCUACUACGACAUGGCCAGCCUCUGCACCUUCAUGAACCUUUUCCAGCAGGUCAACAUGUACAGUAGCGUCUUCUUCUUAACCUGGAUGAGCUUCGACCGGUUUGUCGCACUGACCGGCUUCAUGGGUCGCAGCAUGCCGCGCGCACGCCUCAGCUGCUGCCUUAUCUGGGUGUUUUCGUCGUUGUUCACCGUGCUUCCUUUUGCUAUAGCUCAAGGGCAGCACGCUGGAGAACUCCACUUUUGCUUCGCCAACGUGACCCAGAUUCAGUGGCUUGAGGUGAUGCUGGGUUUCUUGCUGCCUUUCUGCAUCCUGGGUCUGUGCUACUGGAGAAUAGCAGAGGUGCUCCAGAGGAGCCAGAGGGAGCAGAACGGCCCACGGCAGAGGCCUCGCAGGCAGAAAGCCCUGCGGAUGAUCUCAGCAGCUGUGUUAGUCUUCUUCCUCUGCUGGCUCCCGGAGAAUGUGUUUAUAAGUGUUCACCUUCUAAGAGGUAACACAGACGGUGGCACACUGCGGGAGGACUACCCCCUGACUGGUCACGCUGUCAGGCUGGCGGCCUUUUCUAACAGCUGUCUGAACCCGCUCAUCUACAGCUUCCUCGGGGAGACCUUUCAGGAUAAACUGAAGCUUUUUCUCCAGCAGAGGAGCAGUUGGGCCAAGCUGCACAGGUCAGCCUCGGGAAAAUCCAUCUACGUACCAGCUGCAAGCCCAUGUAACAGUGCAACAUGUGACAGACCAAGCCAGUCCACACAUUUAAGCUCUAACAUCCUUCCACAAACUGUUAUACUCCCCUCAAAUAAAUGCCAACUGCUUACAGUAGGUCACACAGAUAAUAGAUAACAACAUGUCUGUGUCAUGAGUGUAAAUAAAGUUAUCAUUAUUGGAAUGUAAAAGCAAGGACUCCAACUGUUGUGGAAACUCUUAUGUUGAAUCAGUUAAGGUUUAUGCAUACCAUUUAUUAUUAUUAAUUUUGGAUCAAUUGUUUUACAGGGUGUCUUCAACUGUAAUCAAAUUCAAUUUCCACUUUUUAAUAUAUUUCUGAUGCCACCUGGAAUGUAACAUCAGACCAAUUUUUGUUAUUUAAAUUAAUAUUUAACUCAACUGUAAGAAUACAAUGUCAGCUCUCACUUACUGGUCUGAGCCUCAAAAACAUUACUUUUAGCUGCUCUAAAUUGUUUUUCAGUACCUUUAAACUGGCGAAACAGACAAAAUUUAAUGUACAAAACUGGGUUAUUACCAGUGCUAAUAAAAUGUUCUGUAUGGAACAACACAAAUCAGCAGUCUGAGUUCACCUGAGUACUCACACCUAAACCUAAAACCUAAAUGACUC